CCCACCGCAGUACGAGUCUACAGUGGGAAGGGUUUCCCGAGUCCUCAAAGAUCUUCUCCGUGCUGACUUUGCUGCUGCUUCUCUGCUCCGUAGACGCUGAAGAUGAGGAUGUGGUUCCUCUUCCUGGUUUGCCUGGCCGGCCACGCCGUGGCCGCUCCUACUGAGGAGCAGCCGAUGGACGAGGAGCUGGUGGCAGACGAGGAGCUGGUGGUGGAGGAUUCGGUUGUUGAGGAGGCGGAGGUGGGAGCCAACCCGGUGCAGGUGGAGGUCGGAGAGUUUGACGAGGCCAUCGAGCUGGAAGACGACGUUGCCGAGAACCCGUGCCUGCAGCACCAGUGCAAGAAGGGCAAAGUGUGCGAGGUGGACGAGAGCAACACCCCCAUGUGCGUGUGUCAGGACCCCUCCACCUGCAGCGCCGCCGAGGGACAGUUCGAGCACGUUUGCGGCACCGACAACAAGACCUACGACACUUCCUGCCACUUCUUCGCCACCAAGUGCGCUUUGGAGGGAACCAAGAAAGGUCACAAGCUGCACCUGGACUACAUCGGACCCUGCAAAGACAUCGAGGCCUGCCUGGACAACGAGCUGAACCAGUUCCCUCUGCGUAUGAGGGACUGGCUGAAAAACGUCCUGGUGACUCUGUACGAGCGCGACGAGGACAACAACCUGCUGACCGAGAAACAAAAGCUCAGGGUGAAGAAGAUCUACGAGAACGAGAAGCGGCUGAAGGAGGGCGAACACACCCUGGACCUGCUGGCACACGACUUUGUCAAGAACUACAACAUGUACAUCUUCCCCGUGCACUGGCAGUUCAGACAGCUGGACCAGCACCCCGCCGACGGCUACCUGACGCACAGCGAGCUGGCCCCCCUGCGCGCACCCCUCAUUCCCAUGGAGCACUGCACCACGCGCUUCUUCGAGGAAUGCGACGGCGACGGCGACAAGUACAUCGCCCUGGAGGAGUGGGCCGCCUGCUUCGGCAUCAAGGAGCAGGAUGUGGACAACGAGCUCCUCAUCUAAGCUCCGCCCAACCAGCAGAGGCGCCACGCGACUGGUCGCUUCUUUGGUGCUAAUCGCUAACUUUCAGAAAAAAAAAUAAGAAAAUCAGUUUUGGUGCUAAUUGCUUUUUUAUUUUUUAUUUUUAAGUAACAAACUUUGCUGCCUAUACCACUAAUUAAACAAAGAUAAGAUUCCAAAAGAGAAACGUGCACAAACUUAACAUCAAACAAAAGACUUCAGAUGUAAAUGUUUUUUUUUUUUUUUUUUUUUUGUUAAAUGAUAUUUAAAUUUAUGUUGAAAGGCUUCCAUUCGACAUCAAUCAGACUGAAGUGUAUAAGUCCAAAAAUAAAGUUUGGAAAUAAAUGUUCCCUGCGCUUGCUUUUCUACUGUCUACUUUGUUUAGUUGUUGUGCUCUACUACUGCUACUACUCGCUUGCUCUCACCUGGUUUCCAUGGUGACGCUCGUUCCAGCCUGGUUUCCACAGUGACGAUGCUAAAAGAAGAUGGGCAUGUUUAACUUGGGGAAAUGUUUUUCUCUCAAAAGUGUUUCUACUGACAACAGCAGCAAAGCUUCCUUGAAGAAAUCAAAUAAAAUCAAUCAAACGUU